UUGAAACGCGUCCUCUGUCCAUGAGUCCGUGCGCCUGCGUGCUGCUUAAACGUUUACGCGCGCGCGCGCUAACCGGGGACGCUGAAAUCCGGACAGACGAAUCUACACAGAUAAGGCUGGUUAACAAAACACGCAGGGACUAAAUAAACAAAGCGGCAAACGAACAGGCUGCCCGCGCUUCACCAAACAGAUGAAGGCAAGCACAGCACACCCGCAUCCGCACGAACACACACUCCCAGUUUCACCACACACUCACACUUGAGUCGGACACCGGGCAGAUCUCCGUCCGUCCCUCCCUCCCUCCGGCAAGCGGAUUGCCUGACGACAGCCAGCCGCUCGGUGUUGUGAGUGUGAGGCUGUUGGGAGAGACUGCAUCAAGGAGCGAGAACUGUGCGCUUGCAUCGGGAACGGUGCGUGGGAGUUGUUCUCUUUCUUUCCCUCCCUCUCUCUCCCUCUCUCUCUCUCCUCUCUCUCUCUCCCUCCCUCCGUGUCUACCUUCCAUUUGCAUUCCUUCUUUAUUCUCCACACUCAUCCUCGGACGAGUUCUGGCACACAGGGAGUCCCAUUAACCGAGGGAGGAUCGCGCUGUGUGUGCGCGCAUGUGCGUGUGUGUGUGUGUGUGUGUGGGUUGCCUGUUUUAACUACAGCUUGCUGUCAUCUUAGAACUGCCGUACUGGCGUUUUGGAGAAAACUCGUCGGAAAUUAGCACGAGACGACUGGCUUGUUUGUCUUAUCUCCCCAUCCUUUCGUUUUUUUUGUUUUUUUUGUUGUUGUGUUUUUUCCGAAAGCUGUCUUUCAAGGCGAUGGACUUGAGAUAGUGCGUCUCAAUUUGAGUGUUGGUGGCUGGGAGUUGCCGUCGGGGAGAAAUGCGAAAGGAUGCUUGGAAGCAGUGAAGGCUACAGCAGGUAACCGAUAAGAUGGCGGCCGGGGAAGCGACUGGGCACAGCUACCUGGUGGCUUGCUGGCAGCCCAUUCUGAUCCUGAUGCUAGGCACCGUGUUGUCCGGUUCCACCACAGGCUGUCCAUCCCGUUGUGAGUGCAAUGUUCAAGAGCGCUCUGUGAUGUGCCACCGCAAGAAGCUUAUGACAGUUCCAGAGGGUAUUCCUGCAGAAACGAGACUGCUAGACCUCAGCAAGAACCGCAUUAGAACCAUCAACCCAGACGAGUUUGCCAGCUUUCCCAACCUCGAACACCUGGAGCUCAGUGAAAACACCAUCUCCACAAUCGAACCUGGAGCUUUUAACAACCUUUACGGCUUGCGGACAUUGGGGCUGCGUAGCAACAAGCUUAAGUUGAUCCAGCUCGGUGUCUUCACAGGCCUGAGCAAUCUCACACAGCUGGACAUAAGUGAGAACAAGAUUGUUAUUCUGCUAGACUACAUGUUCCAGGAUUUGUACAACCUCCGGUCUUUAGAGGUGGGUGAUAACGACCUGGUUUUCAUCUCCCAUCGUGCUUUUCAUGGCUUAAGUAGCCUUGAGCACCUGAGUCUUGAGAAGUGCAACUUGUCCUCUGUGCCGACAGAGGCUUUUACCCACCUCCACAGUUUGAUCACUCUUAGGCUGCGCCACCUCAAUAUCAAUGUCAUACGGGAUUACUCUUUUAAGCGGCUUUAUCGGCUGAAAGUGCUGGAAAUAGCCAAUUGGCCCUAUUUGGAUACGAUGACCCCAAAUUGCUUGUAUGGAUUGAAUCUCACCUCCCUGACCAUUGCAAAUGCCAACCUGACCACAAUUCCCUAUGUAGCCUUGAGGCACUUGGUUUAUUUGCGCUUUCUUAAUCUUUCAUAUAACCCUAUCCAUACCAUUGAGGGGAACAAGCUCCAUGAUCUACUGCGUCUGCAGGAAUUUCAUCUAGUAGGUGGCAGACUGGCAAUGAUUGAGCCCUACUCUUUUCGUGGUCUAAACUACCUGAAGAUUCUAAAUGUGUCUGGAAACUCUCUUAGUACUUUAGAGGAGUCUGCUUUCCAUUCAGUUGGCAACUUAGAAACCCUUGCCUUGUAUGAUAAUCCCCUGGCCUGUGACUGCCGACUGUUAUGGGUUUUCCGACGACGCUGGAGACUGAACUUCAACAGGCAGCAGCCAACUUGUGCCUCCCCUGAGUUUGUUCAAGGCAAAGAAUUCAAAGACUUCCCGGAUGUUCUGCAGCCUAACUACUUCACAUGCCGCAAGUCUAGGAUUAGGGAUCGCAAACCCCAGCAGAAAUUUGUUGACGAGGGAGCCAUAGUUCAUUUUGCUUGCCAGGCCGAUGGAGAUCCUGCUCCAGUGAUAAUGUGGCUAUCCCCGCAGAAAAAGUUUAUCACCACCAAAACGAUUGGAAGGCUCUCUGUGUUGCCAGACGGUACCCUUGAGGUGCGCUAUGCCCAAAUUCAAGAUAAUGGUACAUAUGUGUGUAUAGCUAGCAAUGCAGGCGGAAACGACACCUCUCUUGCUCAUCUGCACAUUCAUAGCUACUCCCCUGACUGGCCACACCAGCCCAACAAGACUUUUGCCUUCAUCUCCAACCAGCCUGCAGAAACUGGUGCUAAUGGUACAAGAGCCAAUGUCCCCUUCCCCUUUGACAUAAAGACAUUGAUCAUUGCAACCACAAUGGGCUUCAUCUCAUUUCUUGGUGUCGUCUUGUUUUGCCUAGUGCUGCUCUUCCUUUGGAGCAGAGGUAAAGGCAACACUAAGCACAACAUCGAGAUUGAGUAUGUGCCAAGGAAAUCAGACGCUGGCAUGAGCAGCAGCACAGUGGAUGCUCCUCGCAAGUUUAACAUGAAAAUGAUUUAAAGGAGCUGUGGAAUUUAUCAAAUUUGAACUCAAAAAAUAAGACAAAUGGAAAAGAAGACUUUUUUUUUCCUCCCUUAAAAACCUGUGGAUCCUGGUCUGUUAACAUAGAGUAAUAUGUUUUUUCCUGACUGAAGUACUAGAGAGGAGUGCAAUUUUUGACUUUCACAAGUGAGAGGGAAUGAAAGCACAGAAGCGCUGCAGAGCAUUGGUGGUUUCCACAAGGCCUGUGGGGGCAUUAACUGAAAGGCAGAUUUGUCAUAAGCAGUUCAUAUUCCUGUGGAUUUAUACUUGGAAAAAAUAUAAGAAAAGAAAAACACUUCAAACAGUCAGAAUGCGAGAGGCAGAACAUAUUUUGGCCAACGCUGUUUUUUGUCUGUAUUUUUUAUUUUGUGUUUUUUUUAUAUUUUAUUUUUUGGUUAACUUCUAAUGUUAGAUGUCAAGUUAUGAAUGAGAUUUGUAUGGGUUGAUGAGCACAUGUGUACAAUGUUGAUGCAUUUGAAUUACAUUAUCAUCACAAUACAUCAGUGUUACAUUUGUGAAUACUAUGUGCUACAAAUGGUCUUUCUUUCUUUCCUACAGUGAUGAUUGUUCUGUAAUCCAUCAAAUGUAUAUCUGUGUCACAAUACCUGAAUAUUGAAAAUAUUGAAAAAGUAUCCCCCAGCAAUUAGCAGAAAUACACAACAUAGAAGGGCACAGUUACAUUAUGGCAAACACAAACCUGUUAGUGAUGUAUGAUAUAAAACUUAAUUUGAAUUUCACAACCCUCGUCUUUGCCAAGAAAGUACAAUGAAUGGUACUCUAAAACAGCUUACAAUUAUCAUUAUGUGAACUAAAAAAAACACCUGAAUGACAUACAAAAAUAAGUGCUCUAAAAAUAUGUAGCCUGAGUAAUACAGGGAUGCCUCAGUGCAGCUUUAUUUGUAACAUUAAUACCAAUUCUUGGUACAGCACUGUAAAACUCAGCCAAACAGUUUGUAAGAAUAAUUGCAUUUUUAGAAAGAUAAACAUAUAAUGAUAUUUAAUGUUGCAAAGUAGCAGAAAAUCCUCUUGUUAAAUGUGGCUCUCAGUUUAGGAUUUUAGCAGCGGGGAAAUGCUCUGGUAGAGUCUUUUGAGCCCAGUGUGUGCUAUCAGUAUCAGUGUAACUCCUACCUAAUUUUCAGAUGUAACCCAGACUGCGCUCACACCCGAAUUGAGGGCAUGAUACAGAGAGAAAUGUGACAUGUUGUUGAUCCGAUGCUCUGUACUAACCAUAUAUGCAGCAUCCUUCCUACGUUAUUGUGAUCAGACAGAACCAGCAAAAUGGUUGGUAUUGGUACCUACUAUUUACACUUAUCCCUGACUUUUUAAAUUGCAUUUCGAAAACUAUUAUGUAACGCUAUUAUUUUGUGCUCAACAAGAUCGUGAGGAAUAAAAGUUGUGGUGCUCAUGUUUUGGAUACAAUGUGCUCCUCAAGCUGUAGAAUAUUUCUUUCAUUGUUGGUUAUUUUUCUUGAUUGUUUUAUGAAAUCAAUUUAUGCCGAUGCUCUCUCCCAUUAAAGCCAUGGAAAUAUUACCUUCCAGGAUCGUUUGCUACUCCCCAGAAAUGUGCAUUUUUUUUAUUUUUUUUUUUGUCAGGGGAAAAAGAACUGCGCAUAUUAUGCUCCCAGUUGGCCCUGCAUAUAAAAUCUGAGGUUAGAGCCUUACCUUCUCAACUACACACUGUGGACAGCUGGGCUUUGCAAACGUGUGUGAGGAUAAAGGCUAAGUUAUUUAUGAUGGAUGACAUUACAGACAGCGACACAGUAAUGGGCUGAAAGUAUGGACAGAAUAUGCAGAUGGGAGGGGUGACACAGAUGGUUUCACCCAUGGAGCAAUCUGAAGCAGCUUGGUGUAAUCCGUUUUGCAUAAAGGAAAAAAAAAAAUAUCACUGGAUAUGGCUCAUGGUUCUCCCUCUUGCUGAAUAUGAAUGCUCUCUUCGUUCAAAGUGUGGCUACUGUACCUAGCCUGUUUUGGUCCCGGAUGAUCCCGGGAUCCUGUUAUUAGUUUCUGUUAUUCCUUAUUUUUUUAUUUUGACCCUGGACUAUAUUGACCAUGUAUAGUCCAAGCCAACUUUUUACAAAAAAAAAGGUACUAAAAAAGACGUAUAUGGAAAAUACAUUCAAAUUGUUCUGUGCAAUAAAGGUAAUAUGCAGAUUUUUUUUUUUAAUUAACAAAAUUUUGUUGAUGUUGAAUUGUUGAGAAUAUGGUAUGUUGUAUUAAACAAUCUAUGGACUUUUUUAAACACAUGAUGGUCCUAUCUUGAUUUAAAAGAUGUGGUUAAUAAGGAUUUGUGACAGCUGUCGGGGUUUGGAUAAUGGUGAUUCGUACUAAUGACCAAGUGAUGACUGACAUAUUUUCACUUACAGGCUACUGUUAGCUGGCAGAUUCCUAUCUCUUGUCACAAUUUCUUCUCCAUAAAUGCAAAUGUGCUACAGAGAAAGACAGAUUUAUGAAAGUGAACGAAAUAG